AAAUGGAAGAAACGUUACUUUGUCCUGUCCAAACCGGCCCAGAGUCUACCAGGAACUUACCACCUCAAUUACUACAGUGAUGAAAACCUGAAGCGUGUCCGCGGGACGAUCGAUCUUGAACAGUGCGCGGAAAUCAUUGAAUCUCUAGACUCAGACCAGUUUCAGUAUCUGUUAGCAAUAAAAACAACGUUUAAGGGAAAAGAUCGGACAUAUUUUCUUGCUACUGAUACGGAAGAACAGAUGUCCGCGUGGGUUCGAAACCUGUGUAGCGUAUGUGGAAUGAAACCUGAUGAGUCAGGUUUUGUUGAGGUAGAGAAACACCAUCCCGCAAGCACCUGUACGAGAGAUGCUCCGACCAGACCUGCUCAAACUUUACAACCCCAUUCAACUCUUCCUGCAUCUGCUGUAGGGAUAAUGACAAAACCGCCAAAUAAUGUAAAUCUAAGUUCAUCAGUGGGGUCAAGGUCAUCCCCAUCAUCAAGGUCAAGGGGUGCACCAGAAAGAAAGCAAAAACCAAAUGAAACUGUGACUGAUCGUGAUUCUGAAUAUAUUCCUUUGGAAACGUGCACAUCCGGUCCGUCAAUUAAAAGACCAAAUCGCCAGUUAAGUGUUGACAGUGUACCGGAUGAGCCUGCCCCUCCCCCACCCAUUAAAGGAAAUUCAGAAUUUGAUAAUGACGUUUUUCAUCCUAAUCAGACAUACGAUGUUCCACCAAGUUCAGAACAGCACGAUGUUUAUGAUGUUCCGCCGUCAUCAAUGUUACACGAAGAAGAUGAUUUAUACAAAGUUCCACCCGCACGGCCACCUGUUCACGACCCACAGGAAAUGUAUGAUAUCCCUCCACUAUCAAAAAAUAGUCCUAGUACUCCUCGUUCUUCCAGUAGUGAUAGCCAUAAGGCUGAUUCAGCGUACUCUUCGCAAGGAUUAAUGUACGAUAUACCGCCGAUAAGACCUGAUGGACAAAAUUUGGAUGAAGUUUAUGACAUACCACCUAGUCAUUCACAUAAUGUUUCCAUGGACGACGUACCACCGUCACGUCCGCCUAAACCAGGUCAUUUACUAAGCUCACAAGAACCAUAUAUGAAUGUUCCAACAAACAGUCGGGCUUAUUCAGAUAAAGUGGAUAUUAAUUCUGUUGUAAGCCCUGCCACUGCAGGUAUGGCUAGAAUCGAUCUCACAGAAAUGUACGAUUUUCCAAGAUCUAGGUCGGACAACCAAGGAAAUUAUAAUAACUUAAGUAACAUAGAUACAAGUGAUCAACUUUUAACUCAAACACCACCCCCACCUAGUAAGUGUGUAUCACGUACACAUAUAUAUAAUAAUGCAAAGGAAGGGGUAGUGAUAGAGCAAGAUGUUUAUUUGACAAUGGACCCAGUUCUAGGGGUGGGGGACAAUGUUCCCCAACCACGAGAAUCAAGCAGUACUGAUGAUGUGGAAUACACUGAUAUGGCUGGACAUAGCUCGUUUGAUGAUUCUUUCGAAGGACGGGGGCAGCAGUUAUACGAUCAUCCGCCCCCGUCAAGACCAGCAAUGCCUCCACCUAGACCUCUUAGAUCAACAAUAAAUUCUGAGAAACAAGAUACUUACUCUAUAACUAGUUCAGCAAGGACCAGAAGCUUUAAGAGGAAAGGCAGUUCACCACUUGUCCAGAGAAAAAGUCCUCAAACUAAACCGAAGUCAAACUUAGCCAAGCCAACUCAGUCAAGUGUGCCAUUGCCACAACGAGUAGAUAGACAUCCUGAUUUCUCAACUAGUGAUGAAGAUGAUGAUGAAAUGGGAUCAGCGGAUGUAUGGGGGACAACUCCACCUGCUCCUGGUAACAAAGACACGGAACUUAAAUAUGUAGAUCUUGAGCACGAUGACCCAGUGGACAAUGAACCAAUGAGAUCCCCCCACGGAGCCACAGGGGGUAUUACGCCAACGGAAUAUCAUGAAAUUGACUUUGUGAGAACUGAUGCUUUAAGAAAUGUUAUAGAGACUGUUUCGGAAGAAAGAAGCAAUCAAAGAAUAGUUAAUAGUUAAUAUUUGAUUGUUCUGAUUUGAUUUAUUUUGAAACAAAAUUAAACAGCCCAGUAAAAGUCCAUCUAGGAAAGACAGCAUGUUAAAAGAGUUUAGCCUGUAUUUUACCAUAUGUUAAUUUUGAACUUGUUUGUUCUGUUCGGUUAAUUAUGUUUGGAUAUUUUUUUCAGUAAUUUGUGUCAACUUUGUGUGCAGCAGCUGUAUUUGUAUAUUAAAAUGCAUGUACUGUACAAUAGUCAGGCACUGAGGUGUGAUAUUUUUACCAGACAUGAAUAUUUGAGCCGCAUCAUGACAAAACCAACAUAAAUGGUUUGCGACCAGCAUGGAUCCAGACUAGCCUGCACAUCCACGCAGUCUGAUCAGGAUCCAUGCUGUUCGCUAUCAGUUUCUCUACUUGUAAUAGAGUUGUAAGCGAACAGCAUGGAUCCUGAUCAGACUGUGCAGAUGCACAGGCUGGUCUGGAUCCAUGCUGGUCGCAAACCCAUCAUGUUGGUUUUGUCAUGGCACAGCUCAUAUUCUUAACAGUACCUGGACAAUAUUCCCUCCCGUAAAAUAUCCCCCACUCAUUCAUUUUGACUGAUUUUAACAAAAUUAUAUUCUCAUGUGUACAAUAUUUCAUUUAAAAAACCUAAGCAACAUCAAAAUGUCUAUAAACUUUGAUAUGCUGCACAAUAAACAGAUGUAAUAAAACUGUUAUAUAUUAUAAUUGCCAAAGAGAACAUAAUUUAAUUAUUUCUGUCAAAGCAGUCAAUGAAAAACUGUAUUUAUUGGUUGUAAACUACAAAAGGGAGAAAUUAAAUUUUCCAUCCUUUCAAAAAAUAAAGUUGGGAAAUGUCCGAUGUGAGAAAAAAGUGCGAAAUUGUCUUUAAAAUAAAAAAAAAGAUGGUGGUAUUUUAAUAGGUACCGUAAAAUUCCUAUUUAACGCCCCCGGGGGCUAAACAUUUUCCAAAAGAGGGGCUAUUAUUACAGCACAGUUUUUCCUUAAUCCAAAAAUCACUGUAAAUACAUUUAAUGUUAGGAAGUGUUGGUAAUAACAUUAAAUAGUAUUAGGGUUUUAAAGUUCAUAUUAUACAUAUUUGUGUUUACUAUAAAAUAAAAUGGAUUCUGAAUGAUUUGAAUAAAAUUAUGGCUUUUAUUAUGAGUUCAGCACUGAUGAGUAGAUUGUUUUCCUUAUCAAAAGGCUUUGGGGGGGGCCAUUAUUAGGGGAGGGGCGUUUAUUAGGAAUUUUAUGGUAAUGAAAUGAAAAUCAGUCAAAAUGAUUGAAUAGGGGAUUUUCCAGGGAGGGGAUUGUCAAAGUUUCAUAUAUUUACAAAAAUAUGUUCUAAAUUAUUUUAUCAUAAACUUGAGUUUUUAUGAUUUUCUUUUAACAUUAGUUUCAAUUAGAUAUAAUAUAAUUUAAGAUUGAUAUAUUAAAAUAUAUUAUUCAUUGUAAAGUAACUAACUAACUCUCAAAAUAUACCUAUUAACAUGUA